AAUUAACCUUCCUGAACUAAUAGUGAAUCCACCGUCAAUUAUAAAUUGUGAAUUUUUAUUAUAAAAACAAAUUUCAUAUUUAUUUUCUUUUAUACGAAUUAUAUUAUACCUUGAAAUUAAUAAUUAAGAUAACUAUACAGUUUAGAUCGAUCAUCUCCUCAUCUCCAAUAUUCUAUAGUUAUACUCAUUUGAUGUGUUUUUUUUUUACAUAAAAUAAAACAAUAUGGCAAGAGACAUGUGUUACUCUGAAUUACGGAGAGAGAUAUUAAUCGUUUAAGUUGAUACUAUUUAGGUAUACAGAAAUUAUUUUGUGGAUUUUUUGAAGCUAUUAACAUGGUGAAAACCAGGGAAAACUGAACAUGAAAUACUGUGGUUGGAGAAAUUGCAAAAAAAAUGUUGGAGAGGUUAAGUUAGUGUACAAUCACUGAGACAUCGUUACAUUGGCACAAUGGCGCAUCCGCUAAUUGCAGUAUGUCAAAUGCGAUCGAUAGCUGAUAAAGUAAAAAAUCUGGAGGUUGUGACCGAAUUAACGGCCGAAGCCAAACGCAGAUCAGCCAUAAUAGCAUUUUUUCCUGAAGCUUGCGAUUUUUUGGCAAAUAAUAAGAAAGAUAUCAUUACUAUGGCUGAACCUCUGACUGGACAGACAGUGACAUCUUAUAAAGAAAUUGCUAUAAAGAAUGAUAUUUGGUUGUCUUUAGGUGGAAUUCACGAAGCUUCAGAUAAUGUGGAAAAAAUUUAUAAUACACAUAUAUUGAUAAAUAAUCAAGGGCAACUGGUAGCUGCAUACAGAAAGAUACACUUAUUUGACAUGGAUAACAAAGAUACUGGAGUACGCUUAGUGGAAUCGGAUUACGUGCUUAAAGGAACCGAAAUUGUGCCACCAGUACAAACACCGAUCGGCAAGCUAGCGCUUAGCAUUUGUUAUGAUAUACGGUUUCCCGAAUUAUCAUUAACUUUGCGAAACAUGGGAGCACAGAUUCUCACGUAUCCGUCGGCAUUCACAUAUCAGACUGGUGCCGCACACUGGGAGGUGAUGUUGCGAGCGCGAGCCAUAGAAAAUCAGUGUUACGUCGUGGCUGCGGCGCAAACCGGCACGCAUAACAAAAAGAGAGUGAGUUGGGGUCAUGCUAUGAUCGUGGAUCCUUGGGGCGCCGUUAUAGCACAAUGCGCGGAAAAAACGGGUAUAGUUGUGGCGGAAGUUGAUCUCGUGCUAUUGGAAAAAGUGAGAAAAAAUAUGCCGUGCGAGGAACACCGUCGCAUUGAUUUGUACUCUAAAAUGGGAUGUUAAAAGUUUACAAAGUUUAAUAAGACCAUUUACAUUAAUGAUAAUUAACUUUAAACUCGGUUUCAUUUAUUCUUUCUUUUUCUAAGUUAUAAAAAUGAGUAAGUUAAACCGAAAAUAAAAUUUCUAUUCUGUUUAGUUAAAGAAUAUAAUCGAUAUGCGUAUAAAUAGGAUAAAGUGGGAAAAAUGCAACACCUUAAAGCUUUUUCAUGUGCUGCUGAAACUGAUCGUUUGAGCGACAAAAAGGAUCACGUGACGGGAUUUGUUGCUAAAUAUUUGUCGUUUGUAAUCUAGCGGCUAUGAUUUUGUAGUUUAAACUGGUUUAACUACAAAGUAUUUGUUGCUCAAAUGCUGUGUAAAAUAGAUACACAACGACAGUGCUGCUGCACCGUGUUCAUUGUAUGUUCCGAGAAAAAUAACAUAACCUUACAAAUCAGAGUAUUAGUUAUGUUAUUUUCAGAAAUCGUAAAAAGUUUCAUGUAAAUGCAACCAUUCCAUUGGUUGGAAUCGUUGAGAUUACGUAAAGCACUGACAGUUCUCUGAUGUUUAUGAAAUUUUGAUUCAAUCAUUUGUAACAAGUCCUCCAGUUGUAUUGAUGAUAUGAGGAAAUAAUUUAUAAAUUUUGCACUUUCUAACUUUAUAUAUGAGGUUUGUUUUUUUAUUCCUGCACUGCUGCACUAGUGUAAUAAGUUAGAAUGAAAAUAAAUAUAUUUGUUUUUAUUUUAUUAUAUGUCGAAUAAUAAUUUGCAUUUAUUUUAUUACAUGUCGAAUAAUAACAAUGUACAUACAUAAAGUUUCCUUUGUAUCAGAUGCUCAUUUUACUUCUGACUUCUGUCUCAUAGACAUCUAGUACAUUCUUAACUUUUUAAUUAAAAAAAAUCAUUUCUUCAUCCGUUUCAAACUCAAGUCCGAAGUGUGAUAAUUUAACAAUUCUCUUUUUCAAGGCAUAUGUAAGUUGUUUUUUUAAAUAUCUAUUAACAUUCAUUCUUAAAUCAUCUCUUAAUAGUUACAUAUAAUUUCCUUUGUCCGGUUUUAUUCAGAUACUUGGAUAUUUAUGCUUCCACAAUUUUGCAAAAACAACAGUCUUUUAACAUUUCCGUUCACUGUUUCAUAUGAAAGAGAUAAUUAAUUGUUCUUUCACCUGAACAUUUGAUAUAAGGGAUCACUCCUGGACUACGUCUCUAUUCUUUAUUGUUAUUUUAAUUUAUAUUUUGACGAAUGACACUUCUUCCGAUUUAGACUUCAAUUUCGAUUGUUAAUCCUAAUUACUUUUAUUCGGUUUAUUAUUUAUUUUUAAUCUGUGUUAACCUUAUUUUUUAAUAUUCUUGACCAUUUACUUUAUAUCAUUCAGCGUGUUUAUAUAUACUUUAAGUUUUGUUUUUCAUUAUACUUCAAUUGUUUUAUAAGCGGCUGAAGAUGACUUUGUAAAGUCGAAACGUUUCGAAAUUUUAAUCUAAUUUAUAUCAAGUUAUUUCUAAUAAAAUUACUUAUUUUCUCGCUACAUCAUAAUCUGUUCGUCUUCUUGACCUUUAUUAUAUAUUGUUUUUAUAUUUUUCUUGUUCUAAUUUAUUGCACCAGAAUGCAGCAGUGCAGAAAUAAAAAACAAACCUAUGGUAAUGUAAUUCGAUCAGUUUCAGUAACACGAAAAAGCACCUUUAUAGCAAAUUCAGUACACAUACACUGACUCUAUUCUGAUGCUGCCGUGACAUGGUGCGAAUGCAGAGUAGAAUUAUUUUAUGCGUAUAGCAUGUAGUACUAGCACGGAGUAAGAGGAGUAUGAUGUUUAUAGCGUGUGAAUAGAGGAAGUGGCCCCGUUUUUAUCCCCCUAAUUGGGAGAGGAUCCGCUGAAAGCAUGGAGAAUAGACAUCAGGAGGACGAUCAAAGGCAAAAAAGGUGAGACCAAACUCCGUCAUAAGUUAAGUGCUAUAAGUGCCAAUAGAUGGUGCUGAGUUUGCAUUACUUAAAGCUAUAUGGGAGAAAGGAGUAAUGGGAGAGAGUAGAAAUAUUCUCAUUUUGAUUCAAAUAUGGUAAUUAGAAUAAAAAAUAAUUAACAAAACACGUCCAUACACGCUCGCGUUCGAAAAAAAACUUUUUAAAUGCUGUAUAAGUGCGGGACUGACAUAAUGUUUAUACAGGGAGUCCGAAAAUUUUUGACAUAUUGCUUGUAUAGAGAUAGAACUAGGAUAGUCGCUAGGAAAUUGUUUAAAAGUUUCGUUGGGCAGUCUUAUCUCGCCUCGCACUGUCGCGCACUUGUCUGUAUUCGGCGGUCAGGCAAAAUUGUUAUUCUUUCUUAAUUAAUAACUUGUUAAUUAUUGCGACAAUUUUUAAAUGAUAGAGGACUUUUCUACUCAAUUUGGUCCGUUCUACCUCUAUGCACGCGCUGUCAAAAAUUUUCGGCCUCCCUGUAUGAUUGGUGCAGAGAUGUGACAAAAGUGACACUUUUAUAGUAUAAAAUUUAUACCAUUCUCUAACUAUUUCACGGAAUCCGAUUUCAGCACGGAUUUUCAUAAUGGAUUCUUUUAUGGAUCGUCCUCCUAGUCUCUAUUCUUCAUGGCUGAAAGAAAUGAAUUCUUAUUCAUGGCCACCAUUUGAAGAGAGGGAGAGGGAAGGAGAGGAGAGAGGAGGGAGAGAAGCAGAGAUAAUGGCUGCGUUCAGCGGAAAAAAUUUCUCAGUGAGCAUCUUAUGUUGCGCUCCCAACAGUUUGCGGUUUCUGCUGAACGCACUUUUAUCAGAUGUGCCAUCAGCAAGAUGGCGCUGAUCAUAGUGCAAAUUUGAAACUUAUAAUAAGCUUACUGUGGUACUGUGACUCUCACCAGAGUCGGAUAUCCAUUUGGGGAAUAACAAUAAGCUUACUGUGAAACAUCCUGCAUAUAUAUAUAUAUAUUUUUUUUUAUAUAAACAUUUGACUACUGAUUAUUACUAUCAAGUAUCAAUUCGAAAGGAGAUUCAAAAAUUAAUUAUUGAAGAAGAAAAAAGAUCUACAAACAAGGGGAAACUAAUAUUAUUAACAAAAAUAAUAGAUUUAAUAUUAUUUAUUGCGAUGGACGAAGCUAUAAAUUUAAAUAACGUUAUAAAUAAUAUAGAGACUUAGGUCUUGAAAUGCCUUUAAUUUAUGGAUCGCGAAAUUGUAAUUUUCUUUCAUUAUAUUUUUCUAAUAAAAGUUUUGUAUUUUGUCUUGUCCAAUUAAAUGUUGUCUCCUUAGGAUCUGUAACAUAAACGUACAUUAUUUUAUCACACGUUUGCAUGCAUGUAUGUAUAUGUGUAAAUAUUUGCAAAAUAUAAAUUUAAAUUUUA